UUCACCCAAUCUGUGGAGGGACUUUGAAACACCUACAGAAAUAUGCCUAUACUGUAUUUAUGAUGAUAUAUGAACUUGGUGGUCAGCUCUUAACACAUUAGUUGUAUCCGGGUUUUUUAAAGUUUAUAUAGGAGAAUAUUUUAGCAGCCAGAGGCGGGGCGACUGCUACGUUACGGCGAAGUAACACUGUUUAUUCAGGGCUCUGGUUUAGCUCCGCCUGUGCUAGUAGCGGCAGGCUAACACCAACAACCAACGAACUGUCAAACCACUCCCGAGUGACUCAUACCGGUUCAUUUAUCUAGAUAAACUCUAUUUAGUUACGUGGUAAUGUUGCGAAACUGAUGUAGUAACGUUGGCACCCAGCUACUUCUGUAUCUCCGGUAGGUCUCGUUUAUUGUCGAAUAGUUAUAUUACUAUUUUUGUGGCUAACGGCUAACGAAAAUAUACCAAGGUUGUCGCUUUUGAAACUACUGAGGUCGAUGUUAUCUCAUGGAGGACUUGUACAGGUAUUAGUCAAGAGGAUAUACAAGUGGGUAAGGACAGACCAGAGGAGGUACACACUCGGUUUCUUCGCCAUGGGAAACACCUGCAGCAAUCAUCUUGGGAUCCCUCCAGCCAAGGGCCCUAAUGCUGUGGGAUGCACUGACUUCAUGAUGGACCAUACUGUAAAGGGCACAUUCUUCCGGCUCUACUAUCCUUGUCAAGAGACUGAAAAUGGCGAAAAACCAGACUGGGUACCAUGCAAGGAGUAUUUUAAUGGUCUGGCAGACUUCAUGAAAAUCAACAGGAGUCUCAGUGAAAGGAUUUUCAACCACCUCUUUGGGUCCUUUAAGAUUCCAGCCUACUUGAAUGCUCCAUUUAAAUCCAAUGAAAAAUGUCCUGUGGUUAUCUUCUCCCAUGGCCUCGGAGCUUUUAGGACUUUGUAUUCAGCUAUAUGUGCAGAACUGGCCUCUCAGGGCUUCAUUGUGGCGUCUGUGGAACACAGAGACGAGUCAGCCUCAGCUACGUUUUAUUUUCGUGAGAAGACUGAGUCAGAGAAGAACAAGAAUGUGACUAAAACAUCUGCCCCUGCCCAAGACAACUUGGUGAAAGAGUGGAUGUACUACAGAAGUCUGCAGCACGGAGAGAGUGAAUUCCCCCUCAGAAAUAAACAGGUGAAACAGAGAGCAGAUGAAUGCAUCCUGGCUCUGGAUAAACUCUUCGAAAUCAACUCAGGGAUACCAGUGGAAAAUGUUUUGCAAACACAGUUCGACUGGACGACGUUGGAGAACUCCAUGGAUCUGUGCAGGAUAGCAGCAGUGGGGCAUUCCUUUGGAGGAGCAACUGUUGUUGAAGCUCUGUGCAAAGAGGUCAAAUUCAAGUGUGGCGUAGCUCUGGAUGCCUGGAUGUUCCCUUUAGAUGACGAGAUCUUCCCCCGGGUGAAACAACCCAUCUUCUUCAUCAACUCAGAGAAGUUUCAGUGGGCGGGAAACAUCAGUCGCAUGAAGAAGCUGGACUCAGCCGUCAUUCAGAGGAAAAUGAUCACGAUCAGAGGAACAGUCCACCAGAGUUUCCCAGACUUCACCUUCCUGACGGGCAACUGGAUCGGCAAGCUGAUGAAGCUGAAGGGAGAGAUCGACCCAGAGAUCGCCAUAGACCUCUCCAACAAAGCAACACUAGCCUUUCUGCAACGCCAUCUUGGUCUACAGAAGAACUUUAAUCAGUGGGACCCUCUGAUCGAUGGGCAAGACGAAAACCUCAUUCAAGGAACUAAUGUUACUGUGCUGCAGUCUGCCAUCUGAAGCUGCAGAAUGUACCUGGGACUUCCUGGCCGUCAGCAGAAUGACUUCACCUCGUGCAUGGGAGUCUGGGAAAUUCCCAAAAUGCCAAGCCAAGCCUACUUGGCAUUUCAAAUGCACUGAGGAUAACAUUUUGGAGUAGUUUAUAGACAGAAGACAAUCUCUACCUCAUCAGCAGGAAGGAUUUGUUUUUCUUGAAGGAUAAAACACCCACUCAUCGUACCAGUGUUUGUUCAUGAGGCCUGAAUGUUGCUCAACUCUUUUCACUGUUAGUGAAAUCUUCACUUUUACCAGCAAUUUUAUCAAUGAGUGUAUAUAAACUGAGAUAAUAUUAUUUCACACAAGUACUGUAUGUCUCUUUGGAUGUAUGACCUUCCAACAGAGACAGGCUACGCUAUGAUUGCAGUGUGAUUAUGGAAUAAGAUAUGAGAAUAGUAUUCAACCAAUGGGCUGGGGAUGGAAAUUGAAGAAAAAAAAGUUGGAAUAAGGACUUCUAUGAUCUUAGAAAAAUGAUUAACAUAGCCAGGGUAUCAAACUUAAUGUAUCCACCCUGAUUAUACAGAGUGCAGAUCAAUCCGUAUCAUCAAAAGCUCACAAACACUAAAAGGUUGCAUAAAGAAACCAUGUGCCUUAACUUACAGUUGUGUUCAUACUGGCUCAAUGUAACGGCCUUCUACUUUUAUACACUUACCGUCUAAAGUAUCUGCCAUAACACAAAUCCAAUAAAUCUGGUUUGUAUAUACAAAUAUGUCGUUUGCCAACUUUUUAAGUGGUGUUAUCUUCCAUAUGUGCUAACUUUCAUGUCUUUGGGUUGUAUACAUCCAUCCGCCUGUUGCCUGAACACUGUCUCAGGAACACCUGCAGGGAAUUUCUACAAAUUUGGCGCAAACCUCAACUUGGACUCAAGGAUGAACUGAUGAGGUUUUGGUGGUCAAAGGUCACGGUCCCUGAACUCUGUCCCAUUCUUAUGAAAGUGAUAUUUCACGAAUAACUUAAGUGAAUUUCUUCAAAUUUGGCACAAAUGUCUACUUGUACUCAUUGAUUAACUAGAAUUAGAUUUUGGAGGUCAAAGGUCAAGGCCACCUCACAAAAUACAUUUUUUUGAGCACAACUUAAUUCAUGUGCCAAGUAUAACGUUAAACAAUUUAUUUCACUGUGACAUAAUCUGCAAAAACACAUUUCCGGCCAUUGAGGAAAAACUAAGCAACAGAAUGAGAGAUCGUGACCAUAUUUUACAUGUGGUUAGAUAUUAAAUAUGUGGCAGAUGAUUCUGUGUGAAGCAUUAGCAACAUCUGCUGUCAGUACAGAUGUGUGUGGAUGUAAACUGUAACUUGGCUGGUUGAAUGAGGCAUAAAACUAACAGUUAAUUCAAGUUUAGAGCCUGUAACACUGUGACCAGGCUCUAAUCUCUCUGAAACCCAAGUUUUGGAUGAAUGUGCUUGUAGAAAGCAAUAAAGAACUGUUAGAUGUCAUUAGGUCAGUGUGAGGGCUGAAAACUUUUGCUGCUAUAUUUAAAAGGCAUUUUCACAAAGCAUAUCAUUUUCAUCCCAAACAACUACCA